AUGAGUGACGAAUCGACGCCCAUUGAGGGGCACAAAGACGAGACAAAUCAAAAAUCGCCUCUUCGAAGCGCGUGGGCCCGGCAUCGGCACCGGCACCGGCAGCCCCCUCCUGAGCCCCACGCCGGAUGGAGGGAUCGAUUCAACGGGCGAGGCGGCGCGACGCGGCGUUGCCGUCCCGCGCGUGUUUUGUUUGGGUUGCAGCGGCCGCCGCCGCCGCCCGCCGUGCGCCGUUGCCAAGCCGCGCUUCCAAACUUUCGACUAGUGGUGUGCGCCGCAGGCCGCGCGCUUCGCUCGUCCCAG